GCUGCUGCUGCUGCUGAUGAUGAUGAUGAUGCUGGGAUCUCAGUGACUCUGUGUUCGGAGCAUCCUCCUCCUCCUCUUCAUCCCGGUUCAGCGCUCGCCGGUUCAGAUGCGUCCCGCCGCUCCGGUCGGACUCCGCGCGCGAGCCGUGCCGCGCCGCUCCCAUUUUGCUUGUAGUUCUCCGCAUUAUUUCCAGGUCAGAGGCUCGGCGCUUCCUGUGCGGCGCGCGCGGACUGAAGAUGGCCGCAGAUGGAGGCGCUCUGAAGGAUAUCAAUGAGAUUAAAUCGCAGUUCCGGACCCGCGAGGGAUUCUACAAGCUGCUCACCCUCUCGGACUCUCAGCAGCGGGCCGGGCUGCCGCGGGGCUCCUCGGCGGGGGUCGCGGGCGUCGCGAGCGGCGGCGCCGGCGUCGGGCUGGUGCAGGGGCCCGGGGCCGCCAACUCCUCUCCGGGCUUCCUGCCGCCGGUGCGGGUGUCGAUGGUGAAGCUGAAGCCCGAGGACCCCGGCGAGGAUUCGGAGCGGGUGUGCUUCAACAUCGGCAGGGAGCUCUACUUCUACACCUACACCAACAUCAAGAAGGCAGUGGACCUCAGUAAGCCCAUAGACAAGCGCAUCUAUAAGGGAACUCAGCCUACCUGUCAUGACUUUAAUCAGUACUCUGCGACGGCUGACAGCGUGGCUCUGAUCGUGGGCUUCUCGGCCGGUCAGGUCCAGUACCUCGACCCCAUCAAGAAGGAGACCAGCAAGCUCUUCAACGAGGAGAGGCUGAUAGACAAAUCGAAGGUGACGUGUCUGAAGUGGCUCCCGAAGUCGGAGAACCUGUUCCUGGCGUCUCACGCCAGCGGUCACCUCUACCUCUAUAACGUGGAGCACCCGUGUGGGACCACCGCCCCGCAGUACUGCCUGCUCCGGCAGGGAGAGGGCUUCGCCGUUUACGCCUGCAAGACCAAAACGCCCCGUAACCCGCUGCUCCGCUGGGCGGUCGGCGAGGGGGGGCUCAACGAGUUCGCGUUCUCCCCCGACGGCGUUCACGUGGCCUGCGUCGGUCAGGACGGCUGCCUGCGCGUUUUCCACUUCGACUCGAUGGAGCUCCAAGGCGUGAUGAAGAGCUACUUCGGCGGGCUGCUCUGCGUCUCCUGGAGCCCCGACCGGAAGUAUCUCGCCACGGGCGGCGAAGACGAUCUGGUCACGGUUUGGUCGUUCGCGGAGAGCCGCGUCGUGGCGCGCGGACACGGCCACAAGUCGUGGGUCAACGUCGUGGCGUUCGACCCGUUCACGACGAAACUGGAGGACGAGGAGCCGAUGGAGCUGAGCGGCAGCGAGGAGGAUUUCCAGCAGGGGGCGCUGCAGUUCGGCCGCGUGCGAACCAGCAGCACGCUUUCGCGACUUUCGCGGCACAGCUCCAAAGGCGGCGCUUCGUCCGUGUCGUACCGCUUCGGAUCGGUCGGGCAAGACACGCAAUUCUGUUUGUGGGAUCUGACGGACGACGUUCUGUAUCCGCGACUUCCGCUCUCCCGCGCGAUUACGAACACCUUCGGUCCGACGAUCCCGAGCGGAAGCAGCGGAGUCGAAGGCCACCACCAUCCCUCGAACCCUCACCAGACGGCGACUUUACCGCUCCCCUUGCCUCGCUCGCUGUCGCGCUCUAAUUCGCUUCCGCAUCCCGCCGUCGCCAACACCUCCAAGAGCCAGGGGGCGACGGAGAGCAGCGGCACCAGCGCCGGCGGCGGCGGAGGAGGAGGAGGAGGAGGGGGAGGAAUCGCGCCGUUCAGCAUCGGACGCUUCGCAACGCUGUCUCUGCAAGAGCGCAAAUCGGACAAAUCCGGGGUGGGAGGGGAAAAGGAGCACAAGCGCUAUCACAGCCUCGGGAACAUCAGCAAAAGCAACGAUAAGAUCAACGUGGCGCCGCGCAGCAACCGGCUCGACGGCGCUAAAGUGCUGGGAACCACGCUGUGUCCGCGCAUGAACGAGGUGCCGCUGCUCGAGCCGCUGGUCUGUAAGAAGAUCGCACACGAGCGACUGACCGUUCUCGUCUUCAUGAACGACUGCAUCAUCACGGCCUGUCAGGAGGGACUCAUCUGCACCUGGGCCAGACCCGGGAAAGUGCACCCGUCUCAGCCGCUGUCCGCACAGAAUGGAAACUCUCCGAGCGGGACGGUGGUAUAACCCCAGCCUGCAUCCGUCCGCUCGAGCCCUUCCAGACACACACGCUCGAGCUGCACGUGAACACACCCGGACCAUGAUGCACUGCGGCUCGCUCCCGAGACUCUUCACCGCAAAAGCCACGGCCAUUUUAUUUCCUAUUUAUUUAUUCGAUCAUCGAGACUCGUGUUGUACAUAUUCAGACUCCUCUAUAACGGCAGAGACAUGUAUUGAAAUGACGAACUCGAAUAAUUAAUAUAUGAAGAUCCUAUAUUGUACAUAGUGACAGAUGCGUUGAAUGUGGAUCGACGAGGUCUUGUUCUAGCGUGCUAGUGCUCCAUCGGUGGCCGUCCGGCUGAGAACGUGCAUCCUUUGCUUUGGCGUCGGCCUGAAGACUCGGGUUUUUUCCGCUUUGUAGAUCACUAGAGAGGUGUCGUCUAGAAAUGGUGUCAAAUGGUAGGCAGGGUAUAUGAACCGUCAAAGUGAGAUUUUAUAUAUUUACUAAGUUUUUGCUAAGCAAACAACGCCACCGCUGAACGAAAACGGAUGUUUGUGCCAUUCUCACACGACUGUUUAGAGCUAGUCCAGACCCCAAGUGAACCUCUUUAUUCGUCUUGUUGGAAGCCACGGAAUAAAAAAUAAAAAUGGUUAAGGCAUCUUUUUAUCUCACAAUCCACGCUAUUUUCUCACAGUUAGGAGAAACAUGCAAUAUCUAAAGUCAAGAAAGUAUUGUGAGUGUUAAAUAAGAUGUGAAAUAGGAACCAGAGCUGUGAGAUAAAGUCAAAAUUGUGAGAUAAACACAAAAUUGCAACAAAAAGGUUGUUACGUGAACUUUAACAAUUCUAAAAAUGUUACAAUGUUUCGAUUGUGUGGGAAAAAAAAGUUGCAAGAUAUAAGUGCAAAAAUGUGUCGAAAUUGUGAGAGAUAACCUCAAAAUUAAAAAAAGUCCCAAAGUUGCAAAAUAUAAACCAAGAAUUCCACAAAAAGUUAAAAUUGUGAGAAAUAAAAUAAGAAUUCUUGGGGGGAAAAAAAUCGCUAGAUGUAAUAAAAAAUAGAUAAAUAGUGUCAAAGUUGCCAGAAAAAAAAGUAAAAAAUGUAACAACCUCAAGAUUACAAAAUAACCUUUUUUAAUAGUCUGUAUUCCGUGAAGGACGUGAUCUGAGGAAAGGAGACGCUUCUCUGUGGUUUGAGCAACCGUUAUCUCUUGUAGCACGGAGUAGGCGCUAUUCCUUACACCUGCUAUGCCUCUUGCACAGUUUUGCACAUUUACAGGUUGAUUUUUAGCUCACUGGAGGAACGUCGUCAGGGGUCGGGAUCACCGAGAGCCGUGAAGAGAGGAGACCGGAGCGUUCUCCAGCAGGUUCCUCUUGUGAUCCUGACCGAAACGAACGCCUCGAGGACGGAUAGUUAUCUCAUAAGCUCCUGUUUAAAGCACCUGAAUAUUUAAAGCUACUUAAAAGGUAUUAAGCCUUUCUAGAAGUCCACGAGGAGAAACACGACAUCAAGCGGUCUUUGAGGUCGCUGCUUUGGUCUGAAGUUCUUCAGCUGGGCUUCUUCUCCUAGAGGUAUAACUUUGCUUGUAUUUUAGACAAAGGCCAAGCUAACGAACUCGUAUACGAUCAUUCCCACCGAACUCCAGAACACUACGUGAUCUUAGCCCUGACCAUACCUACGCCUAACACUUGGUUCUCAUUUUUUUUAUGUCUUUUUGUAACUUUAAGUGUUUGUUUGUUUGUUUUUUGAAGUCUCGGAUAUUUUGGGAUUCAUGUUUUUUGUACGGCUGUAGCGUCGUAACCGUCUUCGCCGUUAACUGGAGAAAAGCAAGAGGACUAAUUAGUGAAUGUUGGAACAUUUUGUGUAUUUUUAUUGUGUGCUUUUUAAAACUACUGCUUCCAUCCAUGAGGGGAUUUUUUUCUUUUGUUACUUGUUUCUUUUGCAAAUGCAUUCAGGAUGUUUUGUCUCGUGUAUGACGGCACCCAUCCGCUACACUGAACUGUGCGAGUGAAGAUGGAUGUUUCCUCCACACUGCUUUACUUUAAAAUCAAUUAUCUUCCACUGCAUGUGUUUUCAUUUCUCACACGGUUAUAUGCCUGAGUCUGGUGAUGUGGCCAACAAUAUCACAAUAUCCAGUUUGUAUAUGGGAAUCUGUUAUUAAAACAUCAAAUACUCUU